CUGCCUUACUCGUACGUGUAGUGUUGACCCACAAAGCCACAACUUAGAAGUUAUUUUCAAUUUCAAGCUACAUUCUGCAAUACUCAUACUCACAUGAAUAAAAUCAAUCUAUCUAAUUCCAUUAUUGAUCAGAUCCCAUUUCCUUCAAGAUCAUCUAAGUUCUUCCUUCUUGUUUAAUGCAAUAUUGAAAUGCCCUGAUCUAAAUCUCUAUCUAUUGUAUUUCAAAAUCACAAGGGAAAAUUGGAAUUAUCUUUGAUUGAAUUGAUUGAUUCAUCUGUGAGCAUGUCGAAGUCUCUGCCGUAUUCUAUGAAAGAUGUUCACUAUGAUAAUGCCAAGUUUCGCCAUCGUUCUCUUUCCAAGGUCUUUAACCAGACCAUGGUGAUCAACAAUGUUAAACGUGAAUGUCUGAGGUGUAGCACUGGGAAGUUUCUGGUGGUUAUUCUGCUUUUUGGACUUGCUUAUCUCAUGCUUACACCACCAAGAAACGUUAUUCCUUCCCAUGGAGUAGAUUAUACUAGAAUGGAUGAAGACAAUGUUACAGUGGACAGUAGUACUGGAUUUAGGAGAUUCUUUAGAAAAUCACUUAGACUACCACCUAGACUACCCCCUAGGCUACCCCCUCGAUUAUCGCCUGAUGAGAUGCAUAAUAGAAAUAAAUCUUUGACCCAACUAGAGGCUGAAGCAUCAAAAUGGAGGUGGAAACAGCAACGAGUUAAAGAGGCUUUUAUUCAUGCUUGGUCUGGUUACAAAAAGUAUGCUAUGGGUUUCGACGAACUUAUGCCGUUAAGUAAGAGGGGAAUCGAUGGUUUAGGAGGUCUUGGUGCAACAGUUGUGGAUGCUCUGGAUACAGCCAUGAUAAUGGGCACCGAUGAUAUUGUUAAUGAUGCUGGAUCUUGGAUUGAAACUCACCUUAUUGAAAGGAUUAGUCAGAAAGGACAAGUGAAUUUGUUUGAAACUACGAUACGUGUUUUGGGCGGUCUUCUGAGUGCUUAUCAUUUAAGUAGUGAAGCAAGUGUACAAUCAGCAUCAGUGGGCCCGAAACCAAGUGUUUACCUAAAAACUGCUACAUUUCUAGCAGAUCGCUUGUUUUCUGCUUUUACUUCUAGCCCAACACCCAUUCCAUUCAGUGAUGUUGUGUUACGAGAUAACACAUCACAUCCAGCCCCAGAUGGUUUAAGUAGUACAUCAGAAGCCUCUACUCUUCAACUCGAAUUCAAUUAUCUCAGUGAUAUAUCUGGUGACCAAAAGUAUAGCGUCGAAGCAAUGAAGGUAUUAGAGCAUAUGAAGACUCUACCUAAGAUAGAGGGGCUUGUUCCUAUUUAUAUAAGUCCUCAAACGGGUGAAUUUAGUGGAGAAAAUAUUAGACUUGGAUCACGUGGUGACAGCUACUAUGAGUAUCUAUUAAAGGUUUGGCUGCAACAGGGAGAGAAUCCAAGCAGAAACUUAACGUACUUACACAAUAUUUAUGAAGAAGCUAUGAAGGGUGUUAGACACCUCCUCGUCCGAAAAUCAAUCCCAAACGGCUUGGUUUUUGUUGGGGAAUUACCUUAUGGAGCAAGUGGUUCUUUUAGUCCUAAAAUGGAUCAUCUGGUGUGUUUUCUUCCAGGUACACUUGCACUUGGUGCCACCAAAGGUUUGACCAAGUCUAAAGCUAUGAAGGAAAACUUGCUGAGCUUUGAAGACUUGGAGAAUUUAAGGCUUGCGGAGGACUUGCUUAAAACUUGUGUUGAAAUGUAUUCAGUAACUUCAACUGGUCUUGCGCCAGAAAUUGCUUACUUUCAUGUGCAAGAUUACUUUGAAGAAGGGCAUGAUGGUGGAAACAAGAGUUCAAAGUAUCUGAAUGACAUAAUCAUCAAGCCCGCUGAUCGUCACAAUCUUUUACGUCCUGAAACAGUGGAAUCCUUGUUCGUUUUGUACCGCAUAACAGAAGACCCAAAAUAUCGUGAAUGGGGAUGGCAAAUAUUCGAGGCAUUUGAGAAAUAUACCAAGGUUGAUUCUGGUGGGUAUACUUCUCUUGAUGAUGUGACUUCAAUUCCUCCUCAUAGAAGAGAUAAAAUGGAGACAUUUUUCUUGGGUGAGACGCUUAAGUAUCUGUACUUGCUUUUCGGAGACAGAAAUCUUGUUCCGUUGGACAAAUUUGUUUUCAACACUGAGGCACAUCCUAUUCCUAUUAAUUCUUCUGCAAAGAAACAGUAAUGUAUGAGGUGUAGUUUAUCAAUAGAUCUUAGGAACUCUCCGCCUUGCUGUGAGUUUAUGGAGGCAUGGAUCUAGCAGUUAUAAUUGACAUGUUCAUUCUCGCGAGUUCUCGAGAGUUCUGUAAGAAGAGCUUCGUGGGCCCAUAUUUAGUUUUACUGGCAAUGGAAGAUGGAUGUGAACUUGCCAAGUGAAGAUAACAAGCUUGAGGUUCGUUCAUAUUUUUUAAUGGUUUCCCUCGUUCCAAAAACUUUACCAAACUGUAACAUGUACGGAAAAAUAGGUUAUACUCGUGAUGGGUUUCUCCCCCUGAUUGUUUAUCAUACAUACAACCUGGAUUCUUACACAAUUUUGUUAUCCCAAGCAAUGGGUUUGUUGUAUACAUAUACCUUCCAUUAUCAUUCAACUUAUAUACAAGUGGUCUGUAGAGUUUUUGCUAUA